AUGCGCCAUCCUGGCGGCUUCCGUAUAAAAACGAUAUGGUUCUCACCAAAGGACACAAUCGAGUUGCCAAUCCGCUCCGAAUACGCGCUCCGAGAUAUGCAGAUUGCCGCUGCACAGAUCACCAAGGCGUGGGGUGAAGAGGAAAACCCAUUAAUGGUGCGGAAGGUGCAGUUCUCAUUUUUGGUCACCGACGCCAACAAACUCAACUCCAAGGUCAUUAAACACCUCACCAAAAUUUGCUCGCUGGUACGCGACUUGGGGCGUUCGGCGACUAUCUUCAUCGGCAUGGGAGCCGGUUUUGCCCACAGGCGAGGUCGAUUCCACCUCAACGAUGACCAAGAAGAGUGGGUCUACAACGACGACGGGACCUUCUGCAAUCCGGACCUCCAGAGAGAGCUAGAGCAUAAGCUGUCAGCGACCCCCGGUGAAUGGGCCCUCUCUAAGGACUACGACCCGUCCAACGUUCCCGCUCUGUUCAACGAGCUCAACGGUCUCGACUCGAUCGCUUCGAGCGGUCCCGACCAAUCAUCUAUAGGAACAACGGGAAUAGUCCUCCCAUGUCUGAGCAGAUGUGCAGUGAUCAGCCAUUAUAGUGCAUACAACUACUGCCUCAAUUCCGAGAUUAUCGAGGCGCACCUCGCAGAAGUGAAUCCUCGGAUAAGAUACGUCGACCAAAUCAGAGACGGCUUGGUGGAGGAUAGGUAUACGGGUGGCUGGGAAAAGGGGGAGGCUUGGCGCCGUGGGCUGUCUUUUAAAAAGACAGGCCUGUACGGGGAGGAUAGCCAGGACGGUGUAUGGAGCGAUCUAUUUGAUGAUACCAAUCUAUGGAACGCUGGCAUAUGA